UACGCCAUCCCCCCAGUCUGCCAUAGAAAGCUGAUGGGUGGCCUUGGACCAGUCAUGCUCAGCCAGACAUCCUUCACAGCCAUCCAGCAACCAAAUGGGAGCGCCCUGGACAACCAGGCCGUGGAGGACACCAGCAGGGAUGCAGGCAGCCCGAAGUUGAAACAAAACGUUGUAGUCCUGGAUCCAGCGGACUACACAGGGCACUGCUCUUUCCUGAGGGGCCUAUUUGCAGUGCCCAACAGCUGGACUGAGAUCACAGCCGAUUUCCUGGAAGACGCUUUCCGGAAAGUUUUAACUGAAAUGGACUAUCUAGCCAUCCAGCAACCAAAUGGGAGCGCCCUGGACAACCAGGCCGUGGAGGACACCAGCAGGGAUGCAGGCAGCCCGAAGUUGAAACAAAACGUUGUAGUCCUGGAUCCAGCGGACUACACAGGGCACUGCUCUUUCCUGAGGGGCCUAUUCGCAGUGCCCAACAGCUGGACUGAGAUCACAGCCGAUUUCCUGGAAGACGCUUUCCGGAAAGUUUUAACUGAAAUGGACUAUCUAGGUAGUUACACGUCCCUGGCCAUUCAAGACUACUUGGCCCACUACCUGAGCAGGCACCGAGGAGAGCUAAAUGGCACCCCCUUUCCGGCAUUGCUAGGAGAUCCGCUCUCGGAUCAAGCCCUCGUCUUGCUGUUAGCCCCAUCAGUCCCCCGGGAGGAAGCUGGUGGCCUUGGCUCCCUGCCUGUGUGCUGUGUGGGCAGGAAGUUGUUGGCAUCGGGGUCAUGGCUGCAUCCACAGGGGUUUGCCAUCUUUGUUUCUACCGGUCCAGGGCCAUCAUCAGCCCUCUGA